AUGUCUCACGAAUCAGUUUGGAUGUCCAGACCCCGUACCUACGGAAAGGGAGCCCGCGGAUGGUAUGUGGAGAAUCGAUUUCACUACGAUUCUAUCAAGGAUCUCAAUUGAAGAAUUUCGUUUCUAAUAAUUAUUUACAGCCGCGUUUGCACACACAAGGCCGGUUUGAUCCGCAAAUACGGUCUCAACAUCUGCAGACAAUGCUUCAGAGAGAAGGCAUCUGAUAUCGGAUUCGUCAAGGUACGCUCACACAAUCUAGGCGCCAUCUCACUUCACCAUCCACACAUCUUACGAUCGCCAAAAUGGAAUGGAGCAACCACUAACAAAUUUUACAGCACCGUUAAAUUUACCACAUCUCAGCAAAUAGCUCAUCGAAAACAGAACGAUAUGAUCGCGAUGGGUUUGUGGAGGGAAAUAGAUUAACAUGGCAAUGGAGUUCUGGGCUUUUGCACGAAAAAGGGUUACGAACGAG